GAAAAAUACAUUAAUCUGACGACAAAUGGACGCUCCAAAAAUGCAGCGUUCCUAAAUUGAUGGCAGUAAGAUCUCCGCUACUGGCGAGGUUGGGCCAAGAACCCAACGCCUAAAGCGAUUCUUCACACUUCUUCCAGUCCAGAUCUACUCACCCAAGUCACUUCUUCCAUUUCAUAUGCAAGUAUACUUGUACAUAAGCAUCUAUACAUAGCAUAUACGCUUAUACCCGUAUGCGUCUGUAUUAUGAUUAUUUAUUGGUAAUUAAUCAAAUCAGAAUGCUUAGUCUGGGUUUGCGUUGAUUUGCUUUUCGUUUUGGUGGUGUGGGAUUCCUUUUUUUGUUUUUCUUUUUUCUUUUUUAUAGUUUUAGUUAGUAGGGAAUAUGGAAAGAGGGGUCAGAGUGAAUGGAGGAGAUUACUUUAAUCAGUUGGAUCGCUCUACAGUAUCGAUGCCGCCGUCCGGCGGCGCUGGCGGCGUUGCUGACGGUGAUGGGAGCGUCGGUGGCGGCGGCGGGGUGAAUUAUAUCGAACACCCAGUCUCCAAAUUGGAUACCCUUGCUGGUGUUGCUAUUCGGUACGGCGUUGAGGUGGCUGAUAUUAAGAGGAUGAAUGGUCUGGUUACUGAUCUCCAAAUGUUUGCUCUAAAGACACUUCAAAUUCCUUUACCAGGGAGGCAUCCGCCAUCUCCAAUUCUGUCAAAUGGUGUAGAUAAACAAGGACCUAGCAGUUUGGAGCAGACCCAACCUAACCGUAGAUACUCUGAUCUAUUUGAUUCGUUGCAGUCGUUAAAACUGAAACCUUCUCCACAACGAAAAGUUUCUCCAGCAAUGAGCAGUUUACAAGAUUAUUAUGGUAUUAAACCAGCAGAUCAGAAAAGUGCAUCUGAAGGUUUUGAAAUGGCUGUCUACCGAAAGGCUGGAUUACAUGAUCCAGAGGAUGGCCCAUUUACCAUGCCAGCACCUCUAUCUAGCCAACCACCAAGUCUCCAUGGAAAGUCUAAAAGUGUAGCAAAUGGUUUUAUGACACAGAAUGGUGAUUUGGUGGAUCAUGCAUCAACCCAAGAUGCUAAAGAUAAUGGCUCAGAUAGUUGGGUAGAGAAACUGGUCAGAAGGCGUCAAAAAUCUGAUGCUGAUUUCUUGAGCACACCAGAAAGGCUGCUGAAGGAAGAUAACAGUAGUGGCGGUGGGUUUUCGACCAUAGCAGGAAAAGGUUUGGCUUUGCGGCCUAAAUCAGCUAGUCGAACUGUCUCAGCUGCUGAUGGUGAAGCAAGUUUGAUAAAUCCUAUCCCUAUCGGUUUGGGCGAUUCACUUAUUGCUGAGAAUCUGGUAGGAGUUAGAAAGUCAUCAAGCACACCAAGCUUGCAGGAUUCAGAUAGCAGCACACUGGCAUCCCUGUGGCCAACACUCACUACUGCAUCCAUUACAAAACCAAUCUUUGAUGGCUUACCGAAACCAAUAACUGGCCGAAGAAACAAGGCUGCACUUGAUUAGUGCAAUUCUAUUGGCAUAUCCCACUGCCUACUCCAUAUUUUCUUCAUUAUUUUAGAUGGGCAUCCAUCAUCUGUUAUGCGGUACGGGAAAAACAGGGACUAUAUACAUAAGAAAAGUGAUUAUCAAAUACAAUGUUAUACGUUUGGCUGAGGAUGUUCAUAUCUCCAGCUGCUGCCUGCUGGUGCUUUCAAUGAACUUAUCACUCAGGCUCGGUUGAAUUUUGCCGUAGUUUGGUUUGUGUCCCGGAAGCACCCCAGAAUCUGUAUAUUAGAGAUACUUAGGAGCUAGAUCUGUUUAUUCAAAAACAGAAUAUAGUGUCUAUAUAUGUAUCAUAUAUUCUUUCCGGAAUUGGUAUUUAUUGUUCUAUUCUGACAUCAUUUUAGUAUGUAUUGGUGAUAUUAUAUUGAAUUACUACCUUAAUAUCAAUAAGGUUUUUGAAA